ACACUCGCUUCAGUCGCAGUUUACCAUCUGAAAUGCACUUGACUGGUCUGUGAGGGGUUUGUGGGUGUUCCUCAUCCUGUGAAGUCAUGGCUCUCCAUCUUCGUUUACUGACAGCGCGUCACUGAAGACUGCAAGUAGUUUUCUAGGAUUAACUUCGGAACUAAAUGACAUUUAUUUCGUUUAACCCACACUGGACAUGAGGAUGGAGACGGUGUUUUACCUGCUUGCCUUCAUGUUGGCCCGGGUUAGUUGGGGUCUUGGAUAUGCGGAGUCCAGUAUUCAGACGGGACAGAGAGCAGCUAGCAGACACAGGAACUGGUGUGCUUAUGUGGUGACACGCACUGUUAGCUGUGUGAUGGAGGAUGGGGUGGAGACGUACAUCAAACCAGACUAUCAGCGCUGUACCUGGGGCCAAUGUCCUAGAGUUGCCUACCGGACAUACAGGAGGCCAAGGUAUAAGGUGGCUUACAAGAUGGUGACCGAAAUGGAGUGGAAGUGUUGCCAUGGUUACUCUGGGGAAGACUGCCACAAUGGGCCAAAGGUAACCAUUGACACUCAGGACAACGGAGGGCAAACCCAUGUCACAGAGACAGGCUACAACACAGGCGGCGGUCAGAGAGGGGAAGGUAGAGAUGGUGACACUGAGAAGAUCAGACAGCUGGAGGAAACGAUCCAUGGUCUGACCAAAAACCUCCACAACAUGCAGACCACCAUUCAUGACAUAAACCUGAGGCUGCCUGGCCUGAAUGGGGCCAUUGUCCCUGCUGAUUCAGCUCAACCACACAUGAAGGAAACCAUCAACACCAUCCAGACCAAGCUGGACCAUCUCUACAACAGGACACAGAUCCUGCUCAACAACAACAACAACCACCCGAAGAAGGGAGGUAGCAAUGAAGUGGAUGAAGGGGGACCUGGGGAAAAGCAGCUGAACACUCUGAAGGAGAAGAUACUGACGGAGCUGGAGGAAAGUGUGUCUUUGUCCUGCUCUGCCUGCCAGGCUGGUGUGGAGGACCUGAGGCGCCAGCAGCAAGAGGACCGGGAACGGAUCCAAGCCCUGGAGAAGCUGAUCAGCUCCAUGGACCAGCACCUGAGGCAGAGCUUGGACAUCUCCCACAGUGAAACCGUGCGCUCCCAGGCCUGCUGCAACACAGUCACUGAGCUGGGGGAGAGGUUGUCUGAUCUAGAGGUCCGUAUCAUCUCCACAGCUAACAAGUGUGACACUAUUAAAGGGCAGCUGGAUAAAGAGCUUGCUGGGACAGGUGGAGCAAAGGGAAGAGUGACAGAGGACAGGUUGAAUGGCAGACUGAGAGACUUGGAGAAGAGGCUGAAUAACACAGUGAGGAAGGCAGAGCAGAGGUGUACCAACACCGGGAACAACAUGAAGGACAACGUCCAAAGAGACAUCACACAGCUGCGCAACAUGGUCCUCAGUAGUCUGGAUGACCAUAGCUAUAAGAUCGGCAAGAUAGAGCUGGAUGUGGCUGUUUUAGGAGAUACAGUCACUGACCACAGUCGGCGUUUAAGUCAGGUGGAGAACAUUACAACCUUCCUGGACAGAAGGCUAACAUUGACUACAAAAAUGUGUAAUGAGUCCUGUGGGCCUAACGGAAAAGGCCGUAAGACUGAUGACACUGUGAAAACCUUAGAGUGGAGAGUUGUGGCCAACCAAGACGAGAUCCAGAAGUUUAACACCAGGUUAAAUGAUUUGUCUGUGACAGGGGACUCGCUGUUUGACACAGUGAUCAACUUAGCAGACAAGGUCAAAAAGAUAACAGAUGUGACGGGGGAGAACGGCGAGCAUUUCAACCGGAUUGUGACAGAGGUUGAAACGUUGGGCCGUGUAUUUGAGGACUGUUCUAUUUGCAGCAGGAUAGAGGAGGACUUCCGCUUGCUCACCAACACCACCAAGAACGGCCUCAGCAAGUGUGAGGCAGAGCUAACAGAUCUGUGGAGAAAGGUGAACUCAGGAGAAUCUGUCUGCUCUCAGGUGUGCUCCAAUCUUCAGGAGGAGGUGGGACGACUCAAAGAGGAAGUGGAGGAGUGUACUGGGCAGUGUAAAAUCAACAUAAAUGAUCUGAAGAAACGCCUGGACAGUCAUAGUGGCCAUAGGGAUAGAUUAGGAGGGGAUCUAAAGUCCAUCCAAGGAGAGCUUGCCGGGGUCAUGGUCACGUUUAACUCCAUCAAUAACACUCUGAAGGGCCUGGGAAGGACUGUACAGACGCAUGGGAACACAUUGACUGAUCUGACCAACACCAAGGACAACAUCAUCUCUGAGAUGGACAAUUUGCAGAAGGAGCUGACGGACCACGUUGAUGACUCCAAGAUUCGAUUUGGCAGUCUGGGUAAAGAGAUCCAAAUAAUAAGGAGCAACUAUGUGACGGAGGUGGGCGAGUGCCAGCGGUCCAGCGACGGCCUGGACCGAAGACUGUCCAAGCUGGAGGGUGUGUGCGGACGCUUUGACUCUUUUUCGGAGAGCCUGGAGAGGAUCAAGGAGGGCCUGAACCGACAUGUGUCGGGGCUGUGGAGCUGUGUUAAUGGACUCAAUGUGACGGUAACGUCUCAAGGAGAUCUUAUAGACACAAUUCAGAAAGUCCAUCUGGAGAACGUCCACUCCAACAUACACAGACUGAACUCCUCAGUGGUGGAGUUGGUCAAGGAGUUCCACAGCUUCGUAGAGCAGGACUUCACGGGUCCACCUGGUCUGCCAGGCCCCCGUGGAGAGAGAGGCGAGCGUGGACUUCAGGGUCCUGAGGGACCCCAAGGGAGGGUGGGACUCCCAGGCAGAGAGGGCAAGCAGGGAGUAGCUGGACCCCCAGGUCUCAGAGGUGAACAGGGUCCUGCAGGGUCUGAUGCCCACGUGCCACGCCUUUCUUUCUCUGCUGCACUGACUCGCCCGAUGAGAAGCGCAGGAACCAUAGUGUUCAACGAGGUCUUGGUCAAUGAAAAUAACGUCUACGAUGCCAAAACAGGUUUUUUCACAGCUCCCGUGAGUGGAAAGUACUUCUUCAGCGGCAUUCUUACGGGCCAUAAGAACAUGAAGAUCGAGGCUGUGUUGUCCAAGUCCAACACAGGUGUGGCCCGAGUAGACUCGGCUGGAUAUCAGCCUGAAGCCCUGGAGAAGCCAAUGGCGGAGGACAAACACAUCCCUGGAGCUCUUGGUGUCUUCAACAUCAUCUUGCCUAUGGAGGCAGGGGACACAGUCUGCAUCGACCUCGUCACUGGCAAACUGGCCUACUCCUCUGAACCCUUGACCAUCUUCAGUGGGAUGCUGCUGUAUGAGACCAUCUGAUUGGUUGUAGUUUCUUUGUAAUUAGUCUCUCUGGGUGAAACGUUCAGCAUGAGAGCAUCUAAUUUGUCUGCUGGACUGAUUGAGAGACAGAGCCACUGACUGAAGUGUCAAAGAGACCGAAAUAACUGGACUUCAGCAAGGAUAAAAAUACUUCAUAUUUUACUUAAUGUGCUAAGAAGGAAGGAACAAAAACUUUUAAACUACAGUAUUUUUUUUAUGUUUCACAGCUUUAAGGAAAACAAUUUAUGCAAAGAUCAGUUGUGUUUUUUAUUGUUUCCCUCAGAAAAAAGCAACUGUAGGGUUAUCUCAUAAUUUCAUACUUCAUGCUGUGCUAUAUACUUGAAAUCUUUACUGAUUAUACAGACAUAGACUUCAGGUCUCACUUGUGUUAAUGAAAGGAAAUUUGGUAAGAUGACAAAAGAUUAAGGAUGUGGGUUUUUUGUGUGUAACCCACCCACAGCAUAUCAAAUGUUCAGGGGUUAGUGCUUCUAAUGUAGUUUCUUUUCUUCAUACUCACAGUUUCAUUUUGACCACAAGCAAAUUCCCAGAAACAUUAUUCUGAAUACCGAUUGUCUUGGAUGCAUGAGUGAUUUGGGCGGAGGGACACGGUCCAAACCACUAUUUUAAAGAAGGAAAUGCACAAAUGAAGUCACUGACAGUUCAGUCGAGAAACCACAGGAUUUUAUAAAUCAUACAGGAGCAAAACAAUAAGACCAUUUUAGGACAUUAGCUAUGCCCAGAAACAGGAGGGGAGGGAGAGGGUGGCCAGGGGGAAGAAUGGGGAUUUUCUUCCUCUGUCCUAAUAAGGGCCAUCUAAACGUGGUGGAGGAUCAAGUAUUUAAAGUUAUGAAGCUGUUACUAUCAUCUAUCUUACAGUGGAAUUUUUAUGUAAAGCUAACAAUAACAAAUAACAAAGCUCCACAAUACAGUAUGUCUCUUGGCUACAAAUCUCUUUCAUGAAUACACACACUUCCUGACUUUAGAAGUCGAAUUAAAAUGUCUCCAGAAGAACAUAUGUGCAUGAUAUCAAGUUGUAGAUAUUCUUGAAUGGAUUUUACAAGGAACAUUGCACAUGCUGAGACAAUAUAGCAGAUUGGGCCACACAUUGCAUUAUAUUUACAUUAUGGUGGAAGUGAUACAUUCAUUAAUAUAAACAUAUCAGGGUUUGCUCACAAUGCAUAUUUUGUUCACAAUUCUUUUCCUAAAUGUUCAGUGUGGGAGUGUUAUUUUACAUGUUGGUAUGCAUUGUAAAACCUUGAAAGAAUGUACAUAAUUGUCAGCGUUUUGCCCUUGUAAGAUUUUCUAUGAGUUACCACUUGCCAGGUACUGUAUAUGUUUUUUAUGUUUUUGCCACAUGCGUGACUCAAAUACAGAUACCCAUUUUUACACAGCCUAUGUCAACAGUCUCACUUUUAUCUUGAUUGUGUUCCUUUAUUAAAUGAGCGAAUACGUGCCCUUUUUUACACACUGUU